AAUAAAGAAACACCGAAUUGUCUAACAGCAAUUCGGUUAGUUUUUUAAAAUGUUAGAACAUCCUUUUGCGCAUAAGAAAUUAAUGUCAAAAUAGAAUAUGUACGGUGGACGUCAUUUUUUAUUGGAAAUAGUUUAAAAAGAUGGAUGGAAUGUGCUUCAAGAUAGUCCGCGCAGAUCAUUUCAAUGACUUAUAUAAUAACUCAGCAGCUGUAAUGGCAAACUACAUAACACACAAAAAGCGAUACGUUCAGCAAUUUCUUCGUUUCGCAGACACCGAUGGAAAAUAUCCUAGUGAUUGUGAAUACAAGUUUAACAGAUCUCUUCUAGCGAAUGGGAAAUAUCAAGAAAUGGAUUCAUGCUGUAAGAACAGCCGCCAACAUAAUAUAACUCGGAAGGCCAAACGUUGCGCCGAUGGGAAAUCUGAAUCUUACAAAGCUGGCUACGCUCGGGAAAGGUUUUCUUCAAUUUUCUUCACUUUUCGCCAAAUUUUUAAGCAAAUGCGAGCUCUUCUGCCUAACAUCAAUCAGCAGACGGUAAUUUAUAAUAGGCACGUUUACCUUCAAAGUCUUUUAAAAAAUGCGCAAGAUAUACAAGAAAUCCAAGGUUUUUCAAAGGAUUUCGAAGGGUUUCAUAGGAUAUCCUAAAUUCCCAUGUCUUAAAAAAAAUCAAAAAUAUAUCCAGUGAUUAAAAAAAAAUCAAAAGAUUUCAAUGUUAACGGAUUUCAAAGAUUAGUUUCGGUUAAUUAAUGAUGAAUGUGAUUUAAGAGAAACGCCGAUAAAA